AUGACUUGUGUCUACCCAGAACAAAGCUUCACCUACAAUUCCAGGCGAACGGCUGCACAGCGUUCAAGCCUCUUACUGCGACAGUCAUUAAGCACUUCCAGCGAUCCACCUGUUCAGUCAUUCUUCUCACUGGGAUAUCGCAGUGCAGGGAUUAGCUCGAACAUACCAUGGGCAUCAGCUAUCGAAGCUGAUCUGCGACGUGCCGUGUGUGACAUCCAGUCCGGGGCCAUAGCCAACUGGUUCAAGCUCAUACGAGACUACCGCAAUCCAGACUGGCCUAAAAGGAAGGAUCGGGAGGAUCGGAUGUGGGAAAUCUCUGCCUGGCUGUGGAAAUCGCACGAUCACGAUACAGAGCUGGCGGCGUAUCAUCUUUUGUGCCGUCUGCAAGGAAAUAUCAUCCCUCGCCUGCACGGUGUCGUUCGUCUUCCCAUUGCCUACACGACCCUCCACCCCAUCAUCGAUACUAUUCGAAGCCUUGCUUUGGACAAGGUGCUGGACGCGUUCCGCGCCAUCGAGGCAGAGAACUGUGUACUCCACAACGAUAUUCACAUCGGCAAUGUCGUUUUGCGGGACUCGGACAGAUCUCCAGUCAUCAAUGACUUUGGACGUGCAUACGUCAGGGAGCCCGGUUGUCCUGACCGCGAGUGGAGGGGCAAUGUUGAGGGAGGUGCUGACACACAGUUUAUGAGGAGAGAGCUGCUGGAUCCGGCAAAUGGAGGCUGGAAGAAGAAUGUCACGUCAUUCGUGAUGCCAGACUACCACUACGACAAGCCUGUGGACUUCAAAAAAGUUUGGAUGAAUAGCGAAGGAACGCCGACUCGCUGUGACUCCCUGAGUACCGAGCCUGAGUAUGCUUCUGUACGCUCUCGCAAGUUUUCAGUCAUGCGCCUCAGCGCAGCAAAAAGUGGACUAGAGUUAAGGUCAUUUGAUGGCACCGUUCCUACUUGCUUACAUGUAAAAGGGCAAACAUUCCGGGCCGAGAAAGCUACUUACAUUCAACCUUUGACCCGACAGUCCUCCGCAUCUUCAAGGUCAUCUUUACGCAAAAAUUUGUCCGUAUCCUCGCCUACUUGCGGUCGACUCUUUACAUCGUCGACGAUGGCAAAUCAAGCGCAGCCACGAACAGACGACGACUUAUAUCUUCCCGGAUCGAAACUCCAGUUCAAGUUCCAAGCUCAAGGGUCCACAGCAUUCAAAGAUCUGGCUGCUACCGUUGUCAAACACUUUGAGCCUCCCACUUGUUCUGUCGUCCUUCUAGUAAAGCGACCUGAACACAGUCAACCAUAUAUCGUGAAACUGGCUGAUCGCAGAUUAGGCUAUCGAAACGGCCUAAAAACGAGCGUGCCAUGGUCAUCUAAACUCGAAGACAAUCUACGACAGGCCGUCCGCAAAGUCUAUGCGGGAGCAGUACCCAACUGGUUUGAGCUCAUCCAUGAUCGUGAAAAACGACCUGAUCAGGACGAUUGGGAGGAUUGGAUGUGGGAGGUCUCUACAUGGAAUCGGAGUUACAUUCCACGGUUUUUUGGCGUCGUUCAUUUUCCCAUUGCUUCCCAUUCUACCCCUCUUCAUCCCAUAACCGAUCUCGUCCAAGGUCUCGCGCUGGAGUAUAUACCCGGCGUCAGCAUGGAAAAUCUUAAGCUCGGCAUCGACGUCUCCCUACGUGAAGCAGAGAACAUCUCCAGUAAGGUGUUGGAUGCCUUCCAUGCGAUUGAGGCGGAGGACUGCGCUCUCCGUCGUAAAGGCGGAUUCUAA